GUAUAUUUCCUCUAUAUAUUUCUACGUUACUGCCGUCACUCAAUCUUUUUCUAUUGCUGGUAACGAUGUGCUCAACAAGCUCAUUCCUCGACAACAUAUGUAUCGCGUUAAUCGUCUUUCCAACUCAUACAUCUCGUUAGUUUGCAGAUGACGAGCUUUUUCAAAAAGCUCGUCGAUGGUCGGCAUCGAUCGAAAUCACCACAGAAACAACCUGUACAAUAUCAACCUCGGUACGCUUACGUCACAGCACCAGCACCACAAGAUGAUCGGUACUCAUUGACACCGCGAAAUAACGAAUACGGCACUAACGACUAUGCUAAUCUUCCGCCUGUUUGUUACCUGCCACUUCCACCAUCACCCGCUGUUCGGCAUCGAACUGACUCUGGUCUGAGCAUUCAUCAGAGUAAUCAAUCAAAUGAAUCUGUCGGAAUUCACUCUUGGAACACGGAGCGCUCAGAUACAUUUCUUGGCCGACCUGAGCAACAAUGGCGUGAAGAGAUCAGAAAGCCUUCGCCACAUGACAACACGGACCCAUCACACUAUUACCUGCCAAAAGACUAUAAUUCAAAUUUCGAGGAACCCUCCCUCUUUGAGGGUCCGAGCAUGAACGGUGGUAUACAUGGUGUACAUCGGACAAGAUCGCAUUCACCCAGGAAAGAGCGACGAAAUUACGAGGAAAAAGUUACUAGCAGAUCCAAAUCACCACAAAAACGACGUUCCGUGACAAACUCAUUCGACUACCUCAAUAGCCAAUGCCAUCUCGAAGGAUGCUCUGCCAGCAUUGUAGUUCAGGUCCAGUCGGCUUGUUUGCCUAUAGUUGCUCGACUGUCACUGGCAAGCCUCGAGCAACAUCGGCACAUGAUGAGCGAGCGAGUUUUUGGUGAUAUAUUAGCAGCCAAAUUAAGAGGAUGCUACGAAAAAGCUGUACAUGUCUUUCGAACCAUUCAUCAAAUGGAUCAUUUCUCGGUAGAUGUUGAGCAGUGCCCUCGAUGUGGGCGAACAAAAGAAGGCAUGCGAGUGAAAAUCAAUGCCAUUCCGUGCAGAAAACAAGUCGGUUGCGAUCGAUGCCAUCGUCAAGGCUGUGAAUUGGAGGAGAAGGCCGGAGAAGAUCUUCAGGCCUUUUAUCAAUGUCCACAUGCUUUGCUGCCAUUGAACGACACAACAGACGAAUGUUACUGCCAAAGUCGUAUGCUUGCUGUACAUUUAGGCUCCGCCUACCCUCCAAAAAGGCCCGAAGAAAUGAAGGAUCUCAAACCUCAAAGCAGCCCAACUUCAAGAAGGAAGAAAUAA